CAUCCGUCCGUCAGGUUUGUGUGUUGUGCGUUGGUGGCCGUCCCCUUGACUGCAACCCUGUUCGUGGCCAUAGUGAGAUGGCAGAGAAACAGAGAGGUCGGCCCUGGAGUGGAGUCUUCUUCUCUGAAAACCAGGGACCCAAACCUCUACGGGACGCUGAUGUCUAACGGCACGUCCAGUGUUAGAGCCAGUAACAACAGCUGCUCUGGACAACUGGACAGCCAGAUGGAGCACUACACAGAGGAGGAAGUAGAGGAGGAGGAAGUGAAGGAGGAGGGGGGCAGUAAGAAGAGUUGUAUGUACUCGUGGCUCCAGGCCUUCUCCUUCCAGGCCUGCAGCCAGGAGGUCCUCUCUACAGCUAGCCCAGGUGGAGGCUACUCCUCCCUGAAUGGAAUCCGCAUCUUUAGCCUUCUAUGGAUAAUCUGUGGACACACUGUCCAGCUCAGCGCCUGGAACAACCUAGAUAAUGAAAAGAGAUGGAAAGGGACAGUGGAGAAAAACCCUCUGCAUGUGUUUGCCUUCAGUGGACCUGUUUAUCUGGCUGUGGAUACCUUUCUGCUCCUAGGAGGUCUUUUGAGUGCAAGGUCCCUGCUGGGGUCCAUUCAGAGAGCGGAGGACAAACUGAGUCCAGGUCUGGUGGCCAACUUCCUCUUCAAGAGGUUUAAAAGAGUCCAGCCGCUGCACCUCUUCAUCGUGUGUCUCGCUAUCGGCCUCUUCUCCGUGGUCCAGAGAGGUGCAUUCUGGUUCAUCGCCGAGGAUGAGAUCAUCAACUGUAAAAAGUACUGGUGGUCCAACCUGCUACUGGUCAACAACCUCUUCACCAUCACUGACAUAUGUGCUCCAUGGACCUGGUAUCUGUCCCUGGAUUUCCAGUUCUAUGCAACAACCCCCCUGCUCAUCUACCUCUAUAGGCUGAACAAAGGAGUUCUGGUUGGUGUGGCUUCAGCUCUGCUGUUUCUGUCCAGUCUGACUAGCGCUGUUCUCACUGCCCUACUGCACCUCCCAGUUCACCAGCCUACCACACUAAAAUAUGAAAACUACUUCCAGUAUUACUACAAUAAACCCUACACCAGAUACGGGCCCUACCUGAUCGGGAUCCUGGCAGGGAUAAGCAUGACAACUAAGAAAGGCCACAUUUUAAAACAUCAGUGGCAGGCUGCAGUAGGUUGGUUCUGCUGCCUGUCAGUCAUGGCGAUAUUGGUAGGAUUGGCCUAUGUCCUCCGGGAUGUCCCACCCCAGCCGUCCGCGCCUCACGCCCUCUACCAGGGGAUCCAUCGCUCCCUCUGGGCCCUGGCCGUGGCCUGGAUCAUACUGGCCUGUGAGGAGGGAUAUGGAGGGUUUGUUGAUAACCUCCUGUCACUAAAUCUGUGGGUUCCUCUGUCCAACAUCAGCUUUGCCUGCUACCUGAUCCAUCCUGUUCUUAUUAUACUAUAUAACGGCAAACAGGAGACUCCUAUACACUACACAGACAUGAACUUUUUCUAUCUGUUCCUGGGUCACAUGAUUCUGACGGUGGGGAUUGGCUAUGUGCUGACCGUGUUGGUGGAGAAGCCCUACCUCUUCCUCAGGGGUAGUAAGACUUAAGGACACGAACCCCUCGACCCUCCUCCUCUGGGACAUGACCCCUAGACCCUCCUCUGUACGACAUGACCCCUAGACCAUCCUCCUCUACGACAUUACUCCUAGACCCUCCUCUGUACGACAUGACCCCUAGACCCUCCUCCUCUACGACAUGACCUCUAGACCCUCCUCCUCUACGACAUGACCCCUAGACCCUCCUCCCUACGACAUGACCCCUCCUCCCUACGACAUAACCACUAGACCCUCCUCUGUACGACAUGACCCUUAGACCCUCCUCCUCUACGACAUGACCUCUAGACCCUCCUCCUCUACGACAUGACCCCUAGACCCUCCUCCCUACGACAUGACCCCUCCUCCCUAUGACAGGACCCUUAGACCCUCCUCCUCUACGACAUGACCCCUAGACCCUACGACAUGACCCCUCCUGCCUACGACAUGACCCCUCCUGCCUACGACAGGACCCCCUAGACCCUCUUCCCUACGACAUGACCCCUCCUCCCUACGACAGG